ACAUAUAUCGGCCCGAGAUGAUAAGAAAAGCAGAAAAGCAAAUCCCAUUUUCGAUUUUCCCAAACGCAGGAUAUCUGAUUUCCUCAAAUCUCAAUAUCUCCAACGCCAUUCCGACUCGAACACUUGCAGAUUUCCCAAUGAAAUGAGCAAGAAGAGAUUGUGAAGAUGGUAGCGAGAAAGGUUGGGAAGUAUGAGGUGGGCCGGACGAUCGGUGAGGGGACAUUUGCAAAGGUGAAAUUCGCACAGAACAUGGAGACUGGAGAGAGUGUGGCCAUGAAAGUUCUUGCUAAAAGCACCAUUCUCAAGCACAAGAUGGUAGACCAGAUUAAGAGAGAAAUAUCGAUAAUGAAGAUUGUUAGACAUCCAAACAUAGUCAGGCUGCAUGAGGUUUUGGCCAGCCGGACAAAGAUAUAUAUCAUUUUAGAAUUCGUCACAGGAGGAGAACUAUUUGAUAAAAUAGUUCACCAAGGAAGGCUUGGGGAGAAUGAAUCUCGGCGAUACUUUCAACAGCUUCUUGAUGCGGUUGCUUACUGCCACAGUAAGGGUGUUUACCACAGAGAUUUGAAGCCUGAAAAUCUUCUUCUUGAUUCCCAAGGCAACCUAAAAAUUUCAGAUUUUGGCCUUAGUGCAUUGCCCCAGCAAGGUGUUGGACUUCUUCAUACAACAUGUGGGACUCCAAAUUAUGUUGCCCCUGAGGUACUCAGUCACCAGGGUUAUGAUGGCUCUGCUGCAGAUGUAUGGUCGUGCGGUGUCAUCCUUUAUGUUUUAAUGGCCGGAUAUCUUCCGUUUGAUGAGACAGAUCUCCCAACUUUGUAUACGAAGAUCAAUGCAGCAGAGUUUUCCUGUCCACCUUGGAUCUCUCCCGGGGCAGAAUCAUUGAUACAUAGAAUACUUGAUCCAAAUCCUAAAAUUCGUAUUAAGAUCGAGGGAAUCAGAAGUGAUGCAUGGUUCAAGAAAAAUUACAUGGCUGUUAGACAUGGUGAAGAGGAAGAAGUUAACUUGGAUGAUGUCCGUGCUGUUUUCGAUGACAUCGAGGAUCAGUAUGUAUCUGAGCAAAUGGAAGUAAAUGAAAGUGGUCCUCUGAUAAUGAAUGCUUUUGAGAUGAUUACUCUUUCUCAAGGGUUGAAUCUUUCAGCAUUGUUUGACAGGCGUCAGGAUUAUGUAAAACGGCAAACCCGCUUCAUCUCAUGCAAACCUGCAAAAACCAUCAUAUCAACUAUGGAAGUCAUUGCAGAAUCCAUGGGGCUCAAGGUCCAUUCUCGUAACUACAAGAUGAGACUCGAAGGCAUAUCUGCAAAUAAGACUGGUCAGUUUGCAGUUGUCUUGGAGGUUUUUGAAGUGGCACCAUCUCUUUUCAUGGUAGACGUUCGGAAGGCUGCAGGCGACACCCUCGAAUAUCACAAGUUUUACAAGAAUUUCUGCAGUAAGCUCGAUAAUAUCAUCUGGAAGCAGGAGGGAACUGCAAAAUCUGAUCUGCUUAAAUCUGCGAGUCGCUGAUCUGGUUUUCUUGGUGUAAUGCACUUUGGCAAGCAUGCAGCAGGACCUGGCGAUGAGGAAUCAUAGGGUCCCGAUGCUUUGGAAUGUGACUAGUGUCCUGAUUCUUCUAGUAUGUACAAGCAGGCCCGAUUGUUUGGUGACCCAGGCAGUUGGUAUGAUGGGGCCCGCUGUGGCUUUUUCUGGCCUUUAUUUGAAGGUCUCUAAUGAAAGGACUGGGAUAACGUAGUCUGGCAGAUUUUUGGGGCAGCUCUGAUCCACGGCAGACCAAUUAGGUCAACAGUCUGGGUCACUGAAAAUCGGGCUCCACUUGCACAAGUCAGAUGCAUUGGGACAUAAUUCACCUUAUGUUGCAUCAAGAUCUUAUUUUUCUGAGCUAUAUAUAAGGUAAUGUUCGGCUUCUAUAAGCACAUUGUAUUGUUUGUACACAAACACCAAUGUAUUGGGGAUCAGUGAAUCAGCUGAGUACAGCAGCUUAAAAUAUUGUUCAUCAAAUUACAAGUGUCCAGCAUCUUGUAUUUGUAGGCCAACCUGAUUGAUAUGUGUUGAUAAUCAGUAUCGGAUAUCAGCUGAUUUAUCAACCAUGCCAUCACUAGCAAAGGAGAUUAUUGUGAAAUGUUCUUCCUUCA